AUGCCUCAGAAAGGCAAAGCCGUAAACGUAACAAUAUUGUCGAUGUUAAUUCUAAUAUACGCGAUCUCCAAGAUUAACUUACCGAUAAACACGGAAGUGAAGCAGUACCUCGGCUACCCGACGGACUCACUGUUAAAUUUCACAGAAUUGACGUCAAAGUAUGGUUACCAGACGCAGGAGCAUUCUGUGAUGACAGAAGAUGGAUAUAUACUCAAAUUGUUCAGAAUAGUGAAGGAUAGAAAGUGUUUAAUUAAGACUCCGCCAGUCGUGCUCAUGCAUGGGUUGCUGCUAAGUUCUGAUGCCUGGAUUGACGCCGGCCCUGAAGCAGGACUAGCAUAUCUCAUCGCUAACAAAUGCCAUGACCUUUGGGUCGCCAAUUGCCGCGGUAAUUAUUACUCCAGAGCCCACAAAACCUUAAAUCCUAACACUGACGCUGAAUUCUGGAAUUUCACGACCAAUGAAAUAGGAUCGUACGAUGUUCCAGCGAUUAUUGAUUACGUUUUGGAUGAAACUGGUGAGGAAAAGUUGAAUUACAUCGGUUAUUCGCAAGGAGCUGGUACGUUUUUCAUAAUGUGUUCGGAAAAACCUGGUUAUUGUGAUAAAGUGAAUGUCUUGAUAGCUCUAGCUCCAGCUUCCAGACAGAUUAAUACAAAUUCUGUUGUUUAUAGAACUUUUACCAAGAGCAUGAUGAAAUUAGAGAGAGCUCUUGCGCGAUUUGGCGUUCAAGAAGUAUUCUCCAAGGGUGCUCUCAGUCAGGAGUUCCUCGCGUUCUUUUGCCAAUUGAAUUCGAUAACUGAGAAACUUUGCUGGGCAGGCCAGAGUCUUCUUGACAAUUUCCAUCCGGAAUCAGUGAAAAAUACGACAACUAGAGCCCUAUUUGGACAUUUUCCCGCCGGAACUUCUGUUCAUUCGCUGGCGUGGUACGGACAAAGUAUGGACAGUUGUGAUUUCCAGAAAUUUGACUAUGGUGCUGGUAAUUUAGAACGAUACGGUACUGUUCUUCCUCCGAAGUAUAAUUUAAGUGCUGUGACUGUUCCCGUGGUCGCAAUUUACGGUCAGAACGAUGGUAUGGUUGACACUAAAGAUGUUGAGUGGUUAAUUGAUCAACUGCCUAAUGUGAUCGAAGCUUGGAAAGUUACAGAUCCCAAGUGGAACCAUUUUGACGUGACAUAUAGUCAAUAUACAGGGGAAUUGAUAUUUCCUAAGAUUAGCUCAUAUUUGAGGUAUAAUUUUAGUAGAAAUUAAUUUAAUGUUCAGUGCGUCUUUAGCUGUUAUGCUUCAGAGCCCGUGGUCUGCUUUUGUAGGCUGCAUUUAAGUGGGGCAUGAUUCGGUAAAGUUUUCAAGGGCAAGUUACAAACAGCUGCGUUACCUUUAUCUUUUUGGAUUUAUCUUUCUACUGUAUACCACCAUCUUUAACAUUUCUAAUCACCAGUGCUUCACCUGUGUUGUCAUGAUCUCAAUGAUGAAUGAGUCAAUAUCAUGUACCCAUUUUACAUUCAGUUAAUUCCAGCUUCUUUCAUCUUUCAUUGACUCGGACAAAAAGAAUCGCAGCAUUUUUAACGUAUGUACAUGUUUUAGUAUUAAUUAGUAUUAAUUGAACCAUUUGUGACAUAUUAACAUAAGAAAUUACAAAGUCUUCAUUUUUA